AUGUGCUUUAGUACGAGAAGCUUAGAAGUAGAUUCUACAGAUCGAAGGAGCUUGCAUGAUGAACCGAAUUUGGAUAAAGGAAAGCUUGAUUCUCACCAGGUUCAUUCAAACGAAAAUGGAAAUGCUUACCAUGAUGAGGCUGGAGACGAGAAUUCAGAUAUUUCUGAGGGAAAUAACGAUGAUGUAGAGGAAACUUUUGAACUGAAGCAUACUGUAGCGCAGCAGGCAGCGAAUGUUAGAAGUCGUCCACCAUCGGAAGAAGGUGGUCGUGAUGGUUCCUCUGGUAGUGGCGCUACUUUUACUGAAAAUGGAGAACAGGACAAGGCAAAUGGAGAUGAAAUUGAGAAGAAGAGUGAGGCAGAUGACCAUUCGGAGCCGGUGCCGGAAAGCGAACGGCACUCGCCCGAACAGUCCGCCGAACCAUGUGAGGAAAGAGGUCAGGUGGUGGUGAACGAAGCCCAAGCUGAGGCGGGUGCUGAGAGUCCCUUGAAAAGUGUGUCUCCAGUUGAGCUAGUUGAACAGAAACCAGAUGAUGCUGGAACCAAGAGCGGUGAAGAAACUCCGCCGAACACCCCCACACCAGAAAACACUGAAAGGAAUCCAGACGACACCGGUGAGAAGAAUGGAGAAGAGGCUUCUUCGCUGAACUCCCCGACAGAAAAGGAGAUUGAUCGAAGUAAGGAUGAAGUAGAGAAGGAGGAUGAUGGGUCUCCUUCACAGAGCACUCCCACAGCUCUCGCAGCUGAGGAAGCCGAUCAGAAUGCAGGAGGGACCGAGAAGAAGAAUGUCGAAGAGGCUUCUUCACCAAGUAUCACAGCAGUCAAUGAAACAGCCCAGAAAGUAAAUGAGACCGAGGUUCCAAACGACGAAAACGCUGGCAGUCAGGCCAUAUCAAUUAGUCCAAUCAAAAUGAAUGGAGACCUACCCUCACGAAGCGAUUCGAUCACUACGACAAACUCAGAUAUUCAAUCCGUACCAAAAAAUAACAUCUCAAAAGUUACUCCAGAGAUGAUCUAUGAAGUCGGACAUAAGUACCACAUCAAGUCACAUAUCAACACAGCCACUCGUACUCCCGUGGUCGUCCAGGCGGCUCCUCGUCUGCCUUCUUUCAAUCGCACAUCAAACUUAUAUACCCGUAUCAUUAAUUUUGGAAGCAGACCGCACAAGUACAUGAAUCAGUACAAUACGAAUUUCACGCUAUACGAUAACACUUAUCAGCUACUUUACCUAAUCAAUCAUGAUUCUAACGGUACUCUACACGGUUCCAUUCUACGACUGUCAAAUCUUUUUCCAGAUACUACCGCACCGCAAAGGGUUGUAACCAGUCUCAUCCACAAUUUCGUAGUACACCCAGCAAAUAAAGUGCGCAAAGGUUGGAUUGAAGACCCUUAUAGCGAAGAAGUGUACUAUGCCACUUCUGAUGAGGGAAUCACUACCAUUCAUUCUUUGCCGAUGAGCCGUCUACUCUCAGCAUUCAAAGAGGGGAAGGCUGGCAAGAAAAUCCUUUCGUACAGUGAUGAUCGAACUUUUGUAAGUGGUGUACUGAUCACACAACAAUCACAAGAUGACCAUACCUCCUUUUUUGUGCGUUCCAUAAGGAAUUUGAAUGAGACUGCUACCGGUGUGUCGUGCGGUUUUACCCAUGAACGGUGGGGUGCUGGAAAUCCUGGCAGUCCUUAUCUGGCAAUUAUUCGGGAUUGGGAAUAUUGUCAAAUUCGAGAUGGACCACAUGCAGAUCCCGCAGCGUGCCUUGAAGAAAGGGAGCAAUGGCUGUUGAGAGAAGGAAUGCUACUUUUGCUGCUGCUGUUGUAUAUUUGCUGGUUGAGGCGUAGUUUGGAUGAUUCCUUUGACGAAGUGCCACAAGCGCCGAAUUUCGCUGCCUUGUACCCUCAUUGUCCGGGACCGUAUCCAGACAUGGAUGUUUCAGUUGAUCGAUGGAACUAUUGA